UACAAAUAUCAAAUAGUUGGUGCGGCGUCGCAAUGGUGUUCGGAUGGUUGUGUGUUCUGUUGUGUUUGUGUCAGACGAACGCGAAACCUAACAUAAUAUUGAUAAUCGCUGAUGACCUGGGUUGGAACGACAUAGGUUUCCAUGGCUCCAACGAGCUCAGAACACCAAAUAUCGACGCGUUGGCCAGCUCCGGUCUAUCGCUCCACAACUACUACGUGGCUCCCAUCUGUACUCCGUCAAGAGCCUCGCUCAUGACAGGCAAAUAUGGCAUCCAUACUGGCAUGCAACAUGGAGUCAUAUACGGCAUGGAGCCCCGGGGACUUCCACUCUCGGAAACGAUACUCCCGCAAUAUCUUAAGAAAGAAGGAUACAGCACACACCUGGUGGGCAAAUGGCACCUGGGCAGCUACAAGAAGAAAUAUCUUCCUUUAAACAGAGGGUUCGACUCGCAUCUUGGUUUCUGGACCGGUAAGAUCGAUAUGUACGAUCACACCACAGAGGAGAAGGGAGUCUGGGGAUUCGACUUCAGACGAGGAUUUGCCGUGGCCCACGAUUUGUUCGGUAAAUAUGCAACCGACGUCUACACAGAGGAAGCAGUAAAGAUAAUAAAAAGUCACAACACACUUAACCCACUGUUUCUAAUGGUGGCACACUCCGCCGUGCACACUGGUAACCCCUACGAACCUAUCCGUGCUCCUGAACCACGCGUCGCUGAGUUUGAGCAUAUCCAAGAUCCUCAACGGCGGAAAUUUGCUGCCGUGGUGAGCAAGAUGGAUGAAUCUGUCGGUGCAAUUGUUCAGUCACUUCAGGCUCGUGGCAUGUUGCAGGACACCAUUAUUCUGUUCAGCACAGAUAACGGCGGUCCAGCGGCGGGCUUCAACUCUAACGCAGCCUCCAACUAUCCUCUUAGAGGAGUAAAGAAUACUCUAUGGGAAGGCGGCGUUAGAGGGGUGGGUAUUCUGUGGAGUCCGUUGUUGGCGAAGAUUCCUCGUGUCGCUACCCAGAGGAUCCACAUCGUGGACUGGCUUCCGACGCUGCUGACUGCGGCUGGCGUUAAUGUAAGUUCCUUGCUACAACUCGAUGGUCUCGAUCAAUGGGCAACUUUGUCGAAUGAUUUGAAAUCGCAGAGAUCAACUGUACUUCACAAUAUCGAUGACAUAUUCGGCAGCGCUUCGCUCACUGUAGACCAGUGGAAGAUACAUGUAGGAACAAACUACAAUGGAGCCUGGGACGGUUGGUACGGACCAGAAGAACGCAAGGGCACAUACAAUGUAGAAUCAGUAGUAAAUUCAACAGCUGCUAAGGCUAUACAGCAAUUAAAAUUAAUGCCCAAUCCACAAACCAUAAUAGAGCUCAGAGAUGCAUCAAAGGUGAUGUGUGGUAAUGUGGAGCCAAUAUCAUGUAAGCCGUUGAUAUCGCCGUGUCUCUUCAAUAUAGAACAAGAUCCGUGUGAGAGGAGAAAUCUAGCCAGUUUAGAGUCGGAAGUAUUAAACAGGCUUUUAGAAGAAUUGGACAAAUUAAACCGUACAGCUGUUCCGCCCAACAACAAAGAAAUAGAUUCCCGCGGCGAUCCCAAGUACUGGGGGAGAACGUUCACCAAUUUCGGGGACUACACACAUCCGACAACGACCUGCUCAACUGACUGUUCCCUAUGACCAGAAGCUCUGUGCUACUCUCUAUAUGUAUACAGUAUGCAUUUUGAUUUUUAGUUUAUUAAGUCUAUAUCGUUUGUUACAUAGGUUCUAAUGUAAAACGGUAAAUUCCGUCUGUGAAAAGGCAUUUAUUUUCUCAAAAUUGAUUCCUUUACAAUUAUUUUUGAUAUCAUUUCUAAUAUAUUAGACACUACUACUGCUUCGGAAACAAAUGGCGCUCUGAGAGAGAAGAAGCGGCGCAAGAAACUCUCCCAUAAUUAAUUUUUUGAUCUCUUUUUAAUGAAAUAUACAAUAUUGUACUGCCAAUGUUAUUGCUAUAAAAUAAUCAUAAUCUAGUCCCAGGCUGUCCGAUCACUUAGAUAUUCAGCUGUGGAGUUCCUACAUCCUAAUGUACGACAAAGCCAUUUUCUAAUAAAACUGUUCGAUAGCUGGAGUGAACUGUAUGUUUAGUUGGUUAUAAAAAAAGAUGGUGAUUCGAAUGAGAACCUGUCGGUCAAUGCUAGGAAAUGGUAAAUAGAAUACAUCACUAACCUUGAACUCCCACUUAAUUGCUCUGCUUUGGUUUUCUCGGAGGUGCACGGCACGCAAUUGUCAAGACACAAAGGCUAUUGGCGCGAGAUAUCCUGCUUUGGGAGGCAUCCGGUGCGCGCGGGGCCGCGGUCGCCAUUACAUUGCAAGAAAGAUGAGGGUAUUCAGAAGGAUGAAUUUAAAUCUACCCACCAAACCUUACAAUGACUGAACAUACCACCCACCGAAAUCAUUGUGAUGAUUUCCAAUAAAAAAUAAAAUGAUAUAAAUAAGUACUAAAAUAAAACUAAAGAAAUAAUACUUUGUUAUAGCAUUAAUUUAAGUAAGGAAUAGGACAAAGUUUGUUAACUGGUCCUUGGAAUUGAUUGUUCUUAGAACGUAACUUUACCUUACGAACAAUGCCAUUAGAGCCUGGAUGAACAUGUUCUAUUAUAGCAAGUGGCCAAUUACAUAAUGAUAUUUGAUCAUGUUUAAUGAGAACUAUAUCUCCCUCUUUUAGAUUAGGAGGUGAUUGAAACCAUUUUGCUCUCGGUUGUGUACAGUGUUGCUGUUGUUGUUGUUCAAUUUUACAAAAAAAUGUAGAAAGUUCUUCAAAAGUUAAUGCCUUAUCUCCGACAGAACGUCUAAGGUGUUUAGCCGACUUUAUGCCCGCUUCCCAAAGUCCACGCAUGUGCGGUGCAGGAUGCUGGAAGGAUUAAAUUUCCACACGAUUUGCUGCUGAGCAGAAUAACUAUUCAUCAAAGUUUAUUGGUUAUUUUUGUUCCUUACUGAAUUACUGGACAUCGCUUAAAAGUUUAUGUGCGCCAGUAAAGUAAAAUGGUCUAAUCCGGCCAAGAAAGCAUUACACGACAGUGACGAUUCUUCUACGACACUUCUAAAUGUACUGCUUUUGUGGAAAAGCAAACAAAGAGUACUGAAUAAGCCUUCCCUAUCUUCGCAUUUCUGAGUGAGCUUUCUUUAAUAUAAAACGGUCCUCCUAAGUCAACUCCAACAUGAUCAAAGACCUAAUCGGAUCAACCGGUGCGCGCGGGGCCGCGGUCGCCAUUACAUUGCAAGAAAGAUGAUGGUAGAUUUAAAUGAUGAAUUUAAAUCUACCCUUAACCCUACCUUAAACCAAACCUUACAAUGACCGCACAAAAACAUUUAAAUUUAUUAAUAGAUAAUGCCUGAACUGGGCUGGGGUUUUAUUAUAAAAGUGUAUACAUUUGCUCUUAAAGCUAUAUGUAUCUUAUGUACUCAUAUUACUUAUGAUCAAAUUAAAGACAGUGACAACUGACAGUGGUUUUAUAGUUAUUGUCAGCUUCAGGGAACUGGUUCAAGUGCUAUAGCAAAAAUUGUCGUAAAGAACUGAGCAUAAUAAAUGUGUGAAGAAAUCCUUUAAAGAAAGAAAC